AUGCCUGGCCGCAUUGAGGUGCCAUUCUUGUAUCAGACGAGGACUAUCCUUCGUCGGCCCGGUACAACAGUCCGGCUAUCACCGCGAAGAUAUCUGGCUACUCAAAGCCAACAAGACAUUCCCAGCAAGGAUAAUAUAUCUCCAUCGCCAUACAAUGCAGAGUCCUUCCUCAAGCAAAAAGCACGACAAGCAGGUGGCUUAGCUGCAGCGCCCGAAUCACUCCCAGAGAUUUUCGAUACAGGGAUAGACUCAACUAUUACUACUACCGAGCGAAGGGCCUUUGAGUCGAUUCUGCGCCUGAACCCAAAACAGUCCGAACCAGUGAGCGUAAACGACCGAUCACCAUACGACGACGCUCAUGACACCGACGUCGAAAGUAUCCUUGACAUCUUCAGGUCUUCACUCAGAGGCUACCAUGGCGAACAGGGGCCAAAGGCCGCACAUCACCAGCAAGCCGACACCCCUGAACCUUCAGCGGCCAUGCCACAAGCAUCACCCAAUGUGGAGACCGCGCAGAGGGUGUCACAGACGCUUUCAUCGCAGCCAGAACCAGACCGACUCGACGAAACUCCAGAGCGUUCACAGACUGCCGUGUUCGCACCUUUCCCGGCAUCUCGCUCUUCCAGCCAGGCCGUUCAUCCAGCCGCAGAAUUAUACCCAAAACCGAAGCAGGAUUCCGACAUUACUGAGCGCCUACAGGUCGACUGGAUUGACGAGCCCACCCAACAGGCCAUGCGCAAACAUAUAAGUGAAAUCGCUACAGCUCUCCAGGCAGCAGCAACCUCAACUACUCAACGUGGCGACCUUGCCAUGUGGUCCGUCUGCGAAUCUCAGAUCUUUUCGCUCGCAGGCCAGCUACAAGACCGGCCCAAGCAAUCCCAACUCAUUAUUCUGCACCACGUAUACCCAUCAGCCCUUCUCCUCGCUCUACGCCUAUACAUCAAGCACUUCCCUUCAUCACCACUUGCGCAUAACCUCCUCCCACGCAUUCGCUCAUUUGGACACACAUCAUACGUCCUCGGUGCGAGCCCUCAGUUCUACAACUCCCUCAUGUCCCUAAUAUGGCAGACGCGCUCGACUCUCCGCGAGGUCGACAGCCUCCUAUCGGACAUGGAGCGAGGUGGCGUCGAGCUGAACGAGGAGACGUACCGUGUUCUCCGACUGAUUGAGGACGAGCGCGCGACUGAUCUAGAACAGUCGCUGGAUGCUUCUACUGGUACAGUGAGGGGAAGCAGGGGCGGCGCGUGGUGGAAGAGGCAUGAGCAGAUGUUUUGGUUCCCGCGAAUUCUGGACUGGUUGGGCGUAGUGUCUAAACGGCUCAAUAUGAGGGAGAUUGAGGCUGGACGGGGUUGA